AUGCAUCUCCCUCAUCUGCUCAAAGAGCUCAGCGAGAAGAGUCACAAAGAACGCUCCACGCCAUCUUCGACGCCUCCACCACCACCACCACCGAUCACCCCCCCAAUCGAGCUCCCCAUUCCUCAUGAUGAGCUUUCGGUGUCGUUGCGGGACGCGUGGAACUCCGCAGAUACCGAUCCCAAGCAGAGCAAGGCGGAUAAGCUGCUGCAGAAGACGGAAAAUGGGAUCACUAAUGCUAUGGCGGCCGAGGCUAAGGCCAUCGUUGUUGUUGGAGCAGUGAAGACGGGGAUUAAUGUGGUGGGGGGCCUAGAGGACAUCGAGAAAGGCAUCCACACUCUCAUGGAGGGUAUGCCCGUGCUCAUGAGUGCUUUGGACGAAGUCGCUAAGCUUCACCCAUUCAUCGGAGUUGCGGUCAUGGCUUUCAAAGCUGUCUGGGCAUUGGAGAUGAAGCGUCGACAAAACGACCAGAAAAUACUCGCCCUCCAUGUAGAGAUGAAAGAUAUGAUGGGUGUCUUGAUCCAGUUGAAGUUCGUCAAAGAUGCAGAUGCUCCAGCGCCAGAUGGGUCAACUAUCAAGGGACGAAUGCAGGUUAUCAUCGAGAACACCGCGAAGGAUAUCAAGGCUUGUGCCAACGCUUGCGACACAUACAUCAAGAAGAAGCUCAUUGUCAAGGUUCUCAAAGGUCCAAUCUGGGAAGGCAAGCUAGCAGCGUUUGCGGGCACUUUCACCAAACGGAGAUCCGAAUUCGAGUUCGCCAUGUCGAUUCACACAGCUCUUGGUGUCGAUGCUGCGAAUCACGUUAUAGGUCUAGUUGACGAGACGACUCAAGCAAUAAACCAAAAGAUGGACUUGAUGAUGAAGAUUUUCUCUCACAUAAUGAGCCCAGAAGAGAAAGAAAUGUCCAGGCUAGUCGAUCAAAAGGGCGGUUUGGCUUGCCUAGACAACGAUAAAGCACUGAAGGAACUGAACGACUUGGAGAACAAGUCAUUCGGCGCACACCGAGCAAAUGGUAGCAAAUUGGGAAGCAAUGGCGGGGAUUUAGAUGAUCUCAAGGACGAACUGCAUGCCAAUCCGGAUCAGGCCAUCGCGGCCAACAUGGAACAGUUCUCACGCAAGUUCGCGGUUCAGCAACGCCAAAUCAUCGAUGAGCUUUCGCGUGUCGUGGAAAGACAAGGGGACAGAAUCAUUGGGGCGGUAUUGGCUGGACCUGGUGAUCGUAUCAUCGAUCCAAAUGUGCAUGCAGUCUGGAAAGAAAUGGGAUGGAAGGGAAGCGUCAAAACUCGGCACCUCGUAAUGGCUCUUCGGGACCAUUUCCAGGAGGAUCGCAAGAAUCACCACUCUGCCAAUAAUGAUGAAGAAUCUAUCCCUCUUUUAGCCGCCGAAGACGAGUGGACCUUGGAAUAUAUUGACGUUGUUCAUCUACAGGCCAUUUCAGAGGCCUUUGACGGCGACGCUUCCGGUUUUGUGACUGUGGCAGAGGUGAAUGCAUUCACGAUGGCUCGACCUCUUGACUGGAGUCUUCCGCGGUGGAUCGCCUACUGGUCACUAGGUCAUUAUCAAGCAAUGCAAGAUUAUGGCCACAGAAUCUACAAGUUGUUUGACAAAUUAUUCGCGAUUCUGCCUCGUCUCUUGCCUGCCAACAAGUCUGGGGCCAACGACUACCUCUCGACUGCGUAUCGCGGCUUGCAUACGGUCGUCAAGUCCUUGAAUUAUAUCGACAUAAAUUACAGGCUGCAGGAAAGAUUCAAGUCGUAUGUGGCAUCGGAAGAAGAACGAAUCAAAGGCAAUCUGGAAGCCGUCAAAUAUGAUAUCGACGCUAGCGACACAUUUGAGCUUGUUAUGGGCGAAGGCCGACUCGAGAAAUAUCUGCUCCCUACGAUAUACUUACUACUGGAGAAACAUCUCCAAAUUUUCCGUGUUUGUCAAAAUCACGUGAUCCAUCCUGAUGAGCUGUGGGAUGCCACAGACACAGUACGCCGGUUGCUUAGCGCCGUUCGGGAUCGCACAGAUCUCUUAAAAUCCAUCUUCAAGCAACAAAAAUUCGAUGUGUCGCAGCAAUUUAAUUCGUUCUCGGGCGGAUUGUAUGCUUACAUGAAUGAUGAAGAGCUACUUUGGGCUGCAAAAAUUGUUCAAGACACUGAAUUUGACGACUAUACAUUUGAAGAGAGUUCAGAAUCACCGCUUCCGCCACUUGAAGAGAUUCUCAAUUAUCCUGUCGAUGCGGACAACCUCGAUGAUAUUGUUUAUUCCGCUCCGCCCGUUGAAGUUAUGGACGAGCCUCAAACUGAUCUCCUGCCUGGUCUUGUCCAGCUGUUUUCACAACGCUGGCAUGGAUUCCUCUACACUUCUGCAUCUGUAAAAUACCCCGCGUCUACUAUGAUCUCCCUGACAUUUGUUCCAACCUCACACGACAACCGAGUCCAAGGUUUCGCUGCUUCAGAUCGGGUAAAUCGGUACGACUUCAAGGUUGUCGGUGAAUGCCACACCGAAAAUAUCGGCAAUAUCAUCACAUUUCAGCGCACAUUCUCUUCCCGUCUCCCCGCUCAGUACUUCAAUGGGAGCUGGAACGCGGAAACCAGUACUCUGAAAGGGACAUUUGGCUUCGAAGAAGAUAUUUCAACGCAUUUCGGGGUGUUUGUGUUCAAGCAAGCUGCCCCGGAAUACGUCUGCUUCAUGCCCGCGCCAGCUGAGCUCGAGCCCCAGGCUAUGGAGGGGGACAACACUUCGGGGGAGAGUACGAAACCUCGUGCCUUGUGGUCGUUCGCGAUUUCUGCUGUCCUCUUCCAGGUCCAGCGGGAUCGCUGGUCGUGGUCAUUUUUCAAGGAGCGAAGGAACAACAGGAAACGUUUUAUUGAGCUAUAUAUCCGAUCGCAGGAGGGGAGCAACACGUUUGGGAGGAAUUUGAGUAAUGAAGAGCGGGAAGAACUGUGGAGACUGAAAAAGUCGUUCACAAAUCAUGACUCGAGAUUCUACUAUUCGCUGGCUGAGAUGCAGAUCCGCGCCAUGACAAAUCAUGGCACCCACUGCGACAACUGUGGGGGAAUAAUCGGAGGGGCCAGGUUGAGUUGCCUUGUUUGCCAGAUGAAAGACACGUGGAACACAGUCGAUUUUGACGACUCCCCGUCCUGCAUCGCCGCGCGUGUCAAUCGCGACGAUAUGCAAAAGCCGCAUUUGCCCCAUCACGACCUCAUCAAGCUGAGGCGGGUUCUGCAUGCGCGUGACUUUGGCAAGAGCUUCCGCAACGCGAAGGCGGCUUUGGAGACGGCGCGGGGGAUAUUUAAAGCCGCUGGAUUCCAGACGACCGACAAUAGCGAACCUGUUUCAACGCCAAAUGGCCAAGGUCCGAAAUGCGCCAACUGUGCCAAGCGCUUGACGAUGCCGUGCUGGUUCUGUGUCCAAUGCACGGAAGAGACGUUUAUCUGCUGGGAGUGCGACGGCAAGGGCGAGUCGCAUAUAUCAUCGCUGCGGGAGCGUGGGCAUGAUUUCUUGGCCCACGAUCUUGUGCGGGUACAGGCAGCUGUGGAAGACAAAGCGUUGACGGUGGAGGAGAGGAUCGGUGUUCUUUUCAAGGCUCACGAGAAGAUGGUUGAGGCGCGGUUAACACAAAUCGAGAAGACUGUUGAGGUGAGAAUGACUCAGGUUGAGGAACGAAUGGCUGAACAGAUGGCGCGGGUUGAAAGGCUUCUGGAGCAACUUGUGGCUAAUACAAGUAGGUAG